UGACAUAACGUUAGCGAGCUUGGGCCAAUAUGACAACCACUUCCGCUUGUUUUCUUCGCGAGUCUUUGUCUUAUGUGUUUACCAAAACGAAGAGUUUUGGUGUUAUAAAGUCGCGUUUUGUUCGCUAGUUAGCUCGCUUAAAUACAGCAAUGGAAGGCAGUAAUGGUAACAGCUCGAACUGGGCGGUGGAGCGGCGGGUGGAGGGGCUGGUGGAGGGGCUGGUGAACAAACACAUGGCAGACAUGGCACUGGAUACACUUCAGCAGAGACUCUCCGCUGUGUCCCAGGAAAUGAACCAUCUGUCUGCUGAAAUAUCCAGACGAGAAGACUCGAAACGUUUGGAGGAUUUAGCGCGGCGGACUGAACCACACUUCAUCGCAGGUUCCCUGCCGGAGUCUUAUAACGAAGAGCUAGUGGAGGAAAAAAAGUUGAUGACCAACACAUCCACAUCCUCCUCGUCCUCCUCAGCAGAAACUGCAGCUCAAAAAAAAAUCAUAUCACUCCUGCUGGAAAUAAAAGAAGAACAACAGAGGCAGUGGACUGUGCUGAAAGACCUGCAAGCAAUGAUUCAAGGACACAUGUGUGAGGAGGAUGUUGAAACUCUGGAUAUAGAUCUACCACUACAGACAAUGGAACAGCUUGAUGAAACAGAGAGAUAUUUGGAGAACGAUGAAGCGCAGAAGAGAAUGGUGUCUCACCUGUCUCGGAUGGGUGGUGCAACCGUGGAUGAUGCAGUUAGACGCCUGAUGCACGCAGUCUUGUCUUUCACUGUCGGUUCUGAGCUGAACUGGGUUGGUCGAGGACAAAAAAGGAGCUUCAAAAAUACCAGACUGCAAGGAGUUUUGUUCCGUGCAUUAAAGAAGACCCCUGUAGGAAAAGAGGCCACACACCAUCAGUUUGCAGAUGUAGUAAAGAAAUGGCUGCGAUUUGCUCCAUUCAGACAAGGAGGCACUGGUCGGAGACAGCAUUACAAACCUCCUGUAAAAUACCUGUGCCCCAAGUAUCAUACUGAUACUGAAGGGUGACAACAGUGUCUUAUUGUCUUAUCUUAUUCAACACAGUUCAAUAUAAAAUUUCAACUAAAAAAACACAUUUUCAUGUUUCUCAGUGUUUUAGGGUUUGUUUGUUUGUUUUUAUGAGACUUCUAAAGUAAAAUAAAGCAGGAAAAUGACCUCCCGCUGGAGCCACAAAGCAUAGAAGUUUUAUUUUCAAUAUUGUAUUUUAAUCUGUUCACUGAAAAUGUUAAGUAUCAUUAUUUACAUAUUAGAUUGAAGGCUAGUAUUCUGGCUUUACUAGUUUUAGUUGCUUGUGCUACUGUAGGUAACACAAUGUAAUAGUGUUUUUUCAUUCAUGAGGUUGGGACUAAUCAUGACAUGCUUGUCCAGAUGUCUACAGAUUAUAAGUGCCUUUCUGAAAAUUGACAGCUGAGUCUGUCUAGUGCAUCAUCCAACAUAAUAUUCAAGUGAAUGCAGAAGAGUUAAAUAGUCCCAGACAACAUAAAGCAUUGUUAUUUAUCUAAUUCAAAAUCAGAACAAAGAGAGAUCGAGUCACAGACUUUCAUUUGAUUUUCUGUUGUCUUGUUCUAAUCCUUGUGCAAACCCAUACAUGAGGUCAUCUGACUCUAUACCCUACUUUAGAAACAGGCUUUUUAAAAUGUGUACAAAAUGUGUUUGUUUUUUUAAGAAAUGGGGGAAUUUUCAAUUUCAUAUGCAUAUUCAGGAAGAUUUGAGGCAGUGGCUGAUCUCUUGAAUGAAUGUUUCUAGUUCUAUCUGGAAUGGAAAUUAUAAGCCUAAAAUGUGCUGAGGAGUUAUUCAGUAUAAAUGAUAAUCUGAUCACUCUUAGAUUGAGAAAUUCUUACGGAGCACUUCGUCACUGUGUGGAAAGGAGUAUUAUAUGGUUACUUAUACUUUUCUUCUACUUUAUUUUAAAGCAAGCACUUGAUGGUUACUCAUGUGGUUAUGCAUUUUACUUGAUUAAAAACAAAUCAACCAUGAA